GACGACCGAGAGGCUCUAGACAACAAAUUGUUAACACUUUUUACCUAUUUUGCUGUCAUGUCUCCUCGUUAGAAAGUGAAAGGUUUUGCAGCUGAGGAAGAAGCAGCGUCCACUGUCACAUCGGCGACCUCUAAUAGUAGCUGUAACUGUGGCUGGCUAGCCUAGCCAGCCACAGUUACAGCUAGCUAGCAGCAGCUGACAGCAGCUAGUCAAACUUUUCAGCACCCGGUAUGAGAAGAUGGACUCAAGCGUUGUCUCGGCCAGUUCCAAAGAAGACCCCUUACCUAUGGCGUCACUGCGCCUCCUGGUCCCGCCUUUGCAGCUCAUGACAGCCUCUAUGUGGCAGGUGCUGAAGAAACAAGACGUCAUGAACUACUGGAAUGUGGCAGAGUUUGUCACCUUGGUUACGGACAUGGUCCCAGAGCUGCUGGUGUACAAGCACAGGACACAACUGAACCUGGGAUUGAGAGCCAGGUAUAUCCUUGAGUUGUUUCGCCUUGAACAGCUUGUGGAACCUGACUCCAUCUUAUCUCACCUGGACAAGAUGAAAUCAAAGCAGCACCCCGACCAGACGAAAGAAUCGGAAGAAGAGGAAGUAGCCGUUAACUUUCUGGAAUUGAUCCAGACUCUGAUCAAAGAUCCUGAAGAGAGACGGGACUUUUUCUUGGAGGUAUUCCCUGCGGAGUAUGGACCCCAGUAUGACGGUGAUCUGCAGACACUGUUUGGGGAUUUCCUCUGUCGAUUGACUCAGCUGUUGCCGGUUCCCGACCUCGAACAGACUGUGUCCUGGCUUGGAGCUGAAUUCUCACUUUUGGAGGAUUGUGUACAUUCAUUGUCCAAGUCUACGGACGUGAAAAAUUUACUCGCGCACCACAAAGACUUGGGGCAUUUAGAGCAACAUGUUCCACCAUCAAGCAUGGGUGACAGCAUCCUUUCCUCCCUCUCUACAGUUCUUCCUCGCAGAGUGGCAAAAACUACAGAGCAACCCAACCAAUCGGGUCCACUGCAAGGCCUCAGCGAUGAAACACACCACGUGUCAUUUGUUGACGAUGUAGCGGUUGAAAUAAUUACAGUGACGGAUUAUGCAGAGGUUGAAUUAGGGGCAAGCACCGACGUUGAGGCGGUACUCGGAGAACACUGCUACGAAAGAACAGAAAGGUGCACGGAGACCGAGGAUUCGUCGGUAGUGCCUCCUGAAAAGACGACCAGGGAGGACAAAGUUGAUAAAGCCGGAGGAGGAGCGACACGAGAAACGGUUGAAAGUGGUUUGACAAACGUCAUCCAACCAGAAGUUAACAAAGACGACCCAGAUUCCUCCCAGCAUAAAGUCUCUGUUGGUCCUCAUGACUGCCCCGACUGUGAGAAGAAAUUCAAGUUUGCCUCUUCACUAAUCGCCCACAGGGUCAUCCACACUGGCGAGCGCCCCCACCGCUGCAAUGACUGUGGUCGCUGCUUCUCUUUCAGACAGUCCCUCGACAGGCACAGGCACACGCACAAAACCGGACGCAAGUACGACUGCGCCGUCUGCGGCAAGACCUUCCGCUCCUUGUCGGCCCGCACAGAGCACAAGCAAACGCACAUAGAAGACGGUGUUUACGCAUGCCACCAGUGCAACAGGAAGUUCACCUGGGAGCUGGCGCUCGCAAGGCACUUAAAAACUCAUCCCACUGACGAGCCCACAGGGAGCCAAAAGGAUGGGCUCGUUAUAAGUGAUGUAAAUGUUUGCGAGGAUCCUAUUAAAGCUACUGAGCCUGACUGCGAUGUGCAAGCAGAGGAUAAUGGUGAUCAGGAUCCAGAGAAUGCAAAAGGGGAGAGCGGUGAGCAGGCCCCCUGUGAGUUUGGAGGGCCGGUCCCUGAACUCAAUGAUCAUCAAGUGUCCCCCGUGAAGGUCCGCACAAGUGGGCGCAAACGCAAGCCGACCAUGAAGAUUCAGGUGAUAAAUUUACAGAAGUGCAUGACGACAAAGAGAAUGGAGAUCGCCAGGGUCAACCCUCCUGACCUGAAGCCUUUGCCUUACAGCUGUGAAGAGCACUCUUAUGGGUCGCCCAUGGCCUCUUCCAAGGACAGGUGUGAAACUGCUUUCUCUUGUCCAAAGUGCUCCUUCCACCAUUCAGAUGAAGUGCAGGUCCAGCAGCACAUCGACGGCCUUCACUCUGCUGAGGAGGAGGACAAGCCGACCCCUCAGCCUCUCGCCGACGACGAAGAGCGGUUUAGUUGUGGAGGCUGCGAGAAGAGCUUCAAGUUCCAGUCUUUGCUAAAAGCCCACCAGCGCAUCCACACAGGCGAGCAGCCCUUCCUAUGUUCUCAGUGCGGCUGCCGCUUUUCCUUCAAACAGUCGCUGGAGCGGCACAGGCAGACGCACAAGUCUGGACGCAAGUAUGAGUGCCUGAUCUGCGGGGAGUUUUUCAAGUCACUGGUGGCUCAGAGGGAGCACAAGAGCACGCACAUGGAGAACGGUGAGUACCUGUGUUCCGAGUGCGGCCGGGCGUUUGCCUGGAAGUCGGCUCUGGUGAGGCACCUGAAGAUCCACGGCGAGGACGCGGAUCAGGUGGAGCGUUCGUUCAAGUGCCCUCACUGUGACCUGGGCUUCAGCUGCGUCAACUACCUCAACAGGCACCUCCAGACCCACCAGGAGGAGCGAGUGCACACGUGCAACUGCGGGAAGAGCUUUGCCUACCGGGCUGCGCUCACCGCACACCAGCGCAUCCAUCAGAAGGAGCGGCCGCACACAUGCACGCAGUGCGGUAAGGGGUUCCUCUACAAGGGGGGUCUGCUCAGCCACAUGAAGAUCCACUCGGAGGAGAUGCCCUUUAUGUGCUCCUUCUGUGGCAAGAGCUUCAAGAGGGAACGCAGCAUGAAGAAGCACGAGCGUUGCCACACCAGGGAAAACGUUUUCGGCUGCUCGCAGUGCGACAAGAGCUUCGUCUACAAGGCCACGCUGACCCGACACGAGCUGACUCACUCGGGCGAGAGGCCGUACCUCUGCUCCGACUGCGGGAAGGGUUUCUUUUCCCAUGCCGAGCUCCUGAAGCACGAGCGUUUCCACACGGGCCACAAGCCCUUCCAGUGCCCCCACUGCGACAAGAAAUUCACCCAGUCGUGCUACCUGACCAUCCACCUGCGCUACCACACUGGAAUCCGGCCAUACUCGUGCACCGAGUGCGACAAGCGCUUCCUGAGUGCCAACCGCCUGAAAAGACACCAGCGAACGCAUUCGGGGGAAAAGCCAUACCUGUGUGUAGAAUGUGGGAAGGGUUUCAGGCAGUCCUACAAUCUCAAAAUGCACCAACGGACACACAUCAUGAAGUUAACGUAGUUGCGAAAGACUUGGAACUUAUUGAUCUGGAGAUUUAUAUUUUUGAAAUGUAAGUUGUAUACGGAUCUAGUUUAAGAUGAGACUGAGACCAAAGCAAUUGUAGAAGAAUUACUGUGGCUCUGUCUCCUGAAUAACUGCUGUGAAUUGCUUGUUAUAUAGAAAUAAGUGCCAACACAUCCCUUUUUCCAUUACACUGACUUAAUUUCAAGGUUGUGUUGCAAUUAAAGAACACUAAACAGA